AUGCAUCAGGAGUUUACCAACCCGCCUAUGGCGAGACUUAAGUCCCGUCGCUCGGUAUACGCAGCUGCUGCAACACUCACACAAAGUUCCUUCGACGUACAGCAGCUCUGGAAACAAGAAUGGAAGAGGCAAGCUGACGGUACCCCGGCCGUGAAUACCGACCCGACUAUAAUGUACAAGGGGACCGACCUUCCUAGGAAACUAUGGUGUCGCUUAAACCGCCUAAGAACCGGGCACGGACGAUGCAACUUCUUCCGGCAUAAGUGGGGUUGGAGUGACUCCGCGCUAUGCGACUGCGGCAUCGAGGACCAGACCAUGGAGCACAUCAUCCAGCGGUGCCCACUCCGCGCAUACUCGGAGCGUAGGCCUCCCCCGCCGCUCCCCCUCCCCGGCGGCGGCUGCGUGCUGCCCGGGUACCCCGUGCACGGCGAGUACCGCGUGGCGGACCACGCGCGCGCGCGGCCCGGCGACCGCGUGGCCGGCGACAACGUGGUGCUACUCGUCACGUGCGACGAGCCCUACCGCGCCGUGGACCCGUAUGUGAUCUGUGUCGAGGGGCGGUGGAGGCACGGCCCGCCGAACUGUCUAAGGCACUGCAAGCUGACCUUCGACCCGACCGUCGAGUACCGGUGCCUGAAGGCGUUCAAGGACGAGUUCCUGGCGUGCGCUACGUGGCAGCCGGACGGCGCCGUGGUGGCGGCCGCGUGCCGCCCCGGCCACGCGCACCGCGGGCCCUUCCGGUACAUGCGGUGCCGCGGUGACGUCUGGGACCAUGUCGUGUCGUGCGUGCCCAACGCUAACUUCACCACCAGUUAA